CCUGAGCUGCCUUGGCUCUCCCACCAGUUGUUCAUGAGGAAGUGAUUUUUCUGGCAGUCGCCUGUUUUUUAGCUCCAUGACACUUCAGACGAGGAAGCAAUCUACCUGAAAGGGAACAUGACGGCGUUAAUUGCUCAUUGUUAGCUAAUGCUUUGAUGUUGGGCAGGAAUUACUGUAAAGAUAGCUGAGGAAGGAGUAUUUUUCUUGGCAAAAUGCGUUCUCAUGUUGGAUUUGACUGGGCUAGUACCGAAGGUAGCUUGUAUCCCUGCUGGCCAGGAAACACAGGGCUUGUUUUUGCCCUCGACCCAAAUAAAACCUUGCCACAGAGGUCUGCAAUGGGAUAAAUCAGGACUAGACCUCUCUUUUAAUCCUUCAGGGCUGAGCACGUUCCCCUUUCAGGCUCGAUUUUGUCAGAGUGUUUCUGCAGGGCCGCCUGGAGAGGGCUGGGGCUCUGAUCCAGCGCAGCAUCUGGCAUUUGGGUGCCCGAGCCUGCCACCCUCUUCAACAGGGCUGCCUGAAGGAGGACCCAGACACGUCGCAGCUGCAUGUCCCUGCCCCUGCUCUGGGUGAGGGAGGAAGGGCAGGUCCUCCAGAUGACAGGGUUACGCCAGGGUCAGUCUGCCUGUCUGUCUGCCAGCUCCCCUUGAACUUCCCGUGUCACCAUGCCGCACACUUGACCGUGUGAGCCUGAGGUUCAUUGGGGUGGCUGGGACUGGGGCUUGGGUGGCCCUGCAGCUCAGAAGUGACACGGCAGUGCAGGGCAGCUGGGAACUGAUCACUACAUCAUUUAAGGACUGUUUUUAUUACACAUUAGAGGCCUUAUGCCAGUCUAUUGAAGUAAUUAUGACUGAAGGCUUGCUCAUAGAAGUUAACGAGCCCUCAAAACAAAAUAAUGAAACACUUUGCAUUACCAAAUAGACAGGCAGCUAGAGAGCCACUCAGCAGGACAGCCGGGCUGGGGAGUCAGAGGAGAGGGAAGUGUAUAUUUGGAAAUAGCACAGGGCAGCACCAACACAGCAUUUCAACAGCUUGCAAGAGGAUGCUCUGAGCACAACAAAAUCCCAACUCAUCCCUCGUACCUGGGAUUCAGAUUUUUCAGGGCCAGAGGUCUGUUUCUUCCCUUAGUCUUUGAAAUCGCUUCUCCCCUCGUUUUUGUGGCAUGGAGCUUUUAAUUGAUUUUGCUUUGGGUUGACCUCUUUACCGGUAACAUGGCAGUUUGUCUGCUCUGGCUGGUAUCAGCAACCUAACACUCUCCCCGUCACGGGAAGCUUUAGGUUAGGUUUUUAAUGUCUGAGAUAAUAGGUGGUAGAACACCCGUUCUUUCAUCAGGUGGGUGCUAAAGGGGUAGCUGCAUAUCCGUUUCUUGUUCAAAAUCCUCACUAACUGACUGAUUUUUAUUCUUAUUUUAACUAUCUUGCUUAUUUUUACAUAAACCCUUAGGUAUUUUGGGAUUUUUUUAGAAGGAAGGAGUACAAGCUAUGUCAGUACUUGGCAAACAAUUAGCUAUGUAUUCCAGAUUGCUUUAUUUCUGAGGCAGUUGUGUGAUCGAUUACUGACUUAGAUGGCAAGAGAUACACAUUAUUUGAAAUCCUUUAUGCGGGGUUAUGGUCUAAGCCUGUGGGAAAUCAUAAAGCAUUACAAGGACAGAAGCGUCUGAGCCUCGAGGGAAUCGGAGACUGUCAUAGUAUUAGCUGGCUUCUCCUUAGCUUACCUUCUAUUUAAAAUGGGCUAAAAUUGCUUGACAGAGGGGAUGUAACAGAAUAUCAGCCAGGAUGUCUCCCAGGUGGCACAGCCAUUCCCCAGUGGCACUGGGAGCCAGCCAAAGCCGUGCGCAGGAUUUGAGCACAGGGUCACAAGGGCUAGAAACCGGAGGACUGCAUGCUCAGCGCAGGGGAAAGUGUCGGAACAAGGCAAGUAGGGAAACCCACAGCUCGGACAUAAAAAUAGAAGAUGGCUCUGAAAGAUUCCUCUGUGAAUCUGUCUUCAGCUAUCAGGUUGCAUCUACAUUAAAGCAAGUGAAACACGAUCAACAAGUCGCACGGAUGGAAAAACUAGCCGGUUUGGUGGAGGAGCUGGAGGCAGAUGAGUGGAGGUACAAGCCAAUAGAGCAGCUCCUGGGAUUCACUCCCUCCUCGGGCUGAGCGUGUCUUGGAUUGCUGCUGUCAGGGAGCAGAAGAAAAACAUUCUCUGGCCUGGCUUCAAAACACCCCCCCAUUUAUCAAGAUGCUGACAGCUGCAUCGGCAGGACUGGGCUUUUGUUGUGGGUUUUUUUUAAGUUGAGAAUGGGGAUCCCCCCUAAAGCUGCCAGUAAAUGGAAAUGACGGGAUUCUCCAAGUCCUCUGCGGUGUUACGGACUGGCAAGGCUCAGUUUCUGUAACUUAGAAGGUAGGAUCAGUUUUACAGAACUUGGAGAAUCACCUUAUUGCUCACAGAGAAGGGAAGACUUACAGUGUGUGGUGGUGAGGAAAGCAACCCUGACACUUGGCGUGGCCUUUCCCUGUGCGUGGCCAAAGGACUGGGUGAUCGGCGGGCUGGGAAGCCCAUGUGCUUGCCGCUCAAGCUGGGCCUCUGUAGAGCAGAGGUAGGCUGCCCUGCCAAAAACGCUCUUCAGCCCUAGCCAUUGUUUUGGGGGAUGAACAGGACGGGAACUGUCCCAGGUCAGUUGAGAGGGGGCAAGCGGUGACGCUUUCUGCAGGGGCACCUCAUGUAGCACCGAAGCUGUUUUCUUUCCGUUGUUGUUUCCCUUGUGUCUGCACAGCAAGUGCUGGUAGGACACUGCUCUCUAAUGCAGAAGCUGUAUCUUUAAUACCCUGAAACUCUUUUUUCUCUUUGUCACGUAUUAGAUUGCUCUGCAAUAAUAAAAUAAUUCUGUCUUUGAAA